GCAUGUGCUGGAGUCGGUGGUGGCGGCGGUUCUGCUGCUGGAGUCGGCGGCGCUGCUGCUGGAGUCGGAGGUGCCGCUGGAACAGGCUGUGCGGCUGGGGUCGGCGUCGCGGCUGGAGUCGGCGAUGCAGGAGUCGGUGGUGGCGGCGGUGCUGCUGCUGGAGUCGGCGGCGCUGCCGCCGGAGUCGGCUGUGCUGCUAGAGCCGGCGGCGCUGCUGGAGUCAGUGUUGCUCCUGGGUUCGGUGGUGCCGCUGGAGCCCGUAGUGGUGGACUCGGCGGCGCUGCUGGAGUCGGCGGUGCCGGAGUCGGCGGUGCUACUGGAGUCCGUGUCAGGGGUGCUGGAGUCUGUGACCCUGCUGGAGUCUGUGGUGCUGCUGGGGUCGGUGGUGCUGCAGGAGUCGGUGGCGCUUCUGCUGGAGUCGGUGUUGCUGCUGGAGUCGGCGGUGUUGUUGGAGUCGGCGGCGCUGCUGUCGGAGUCGGUGGUGCUGCUUGAGUCUGUG